AUAGUUUCCAACUUUAAAAAAGAAAGUAAAAAAACCGAAACUUUUCCCUAUGGUGGAAUGUCUAUGUGUGUGCCACGUGACCAUCGUCGGCAUGAGUAGGUUGUCUCCGGUGGCCGGAUUUUUUUCGCCCCUCAAAAUCGAUGGGGAGGGGAAGGGUUUUCGGUUUGGGUUGAAGCGGAAAGUGAUGGUAAGGAAAAGGCUGAAGCUUGUAGUGAAGGCGGAGCUAUCCAAGUCUUUCUCUGUAAAUCUGGGUUUGGAUUCUCAGAAGAGAGUCCAGCCAUACGAUGUUUCACAGUUACGCUGGAUUGGUCCAGUUCCUGGGGAUAUUGCAGAAGUUGAGGCUUAUUGUAGAAUUUUUAGAGCAGCUGAAAGGCUACAUGCUGCUUUGAUGGACACUUUAUGCAAUCCAGUGACCGGAGAAUGUAGUGUUUCAUAUGAUUUCACGCCUGAGGAAAAACCACUGGUAGAGGAUAAAAUUGUGUCUGUGCUCGGUUGCCUUCUAUCACUUUUGAAUAAAGGGAGAGAAGAUGUUCUUUCUGGAAGAGUCUCAAUUAUGAAUACUUUUCGUGCAGCGGAUGUAAGUGUGAUGGAGGAUAAACUUCCGCCACUUGCUCUUUUCAGGAGUGAGAUGAAGAGGUGCUGUGAGAGCUUACAUGUUGCUCUUGAGAACUAUUUGACACCUGACGAUUUUCGAAGCCUGCAUGUCUGGAGGAAGCUGCAAAGGUUGAAAAAUGCUUGUUAUGAUUUGGGUUUCCCUCGCAGGGACGACCAUCCAUGCCAUACAUUGUUUGCAAAUUGGCAACCUGUUUGUUUGUCCACCUCUAAAGAAGAGAUAGAGUCUAAAGAUUGUGAAAUAGCUUUUUGGAUUGGUGGUCAAGUGACAGAGGAAGGUCUGAAGUGGUUGAUUGACAGAGGAUUUAAAACCAUUGUUGAUCUAAGGGCAGAGACUAUUAAGGAUAACUUUUAUCAAGCAGCUAUGGAUGAUGCUAUUUCAUCUGGGAAAGUUGAGUUUAUAAAUUUUCCAGUGGAGGUUGGAACUGCACCUUCAAUGGAGCAGGUUGAGAGGUUUGCGUCUUUAGUUUCAGAUGGCAACAAAAAUCCUAUCUAUCUUCAUAGUAAGGAAGGAGUUUGGAGGACUUCUGCAAUGCUCUUUGGAUGGCGGCAAUACAUGACUCGAUUUGCAUCUCAGUUUGUCUCAAAUCGGUUAGUGAGUGAUACAUUAUCGCAAGAUGAAAAUGGAUCAGGAGAACUUCAGACAUCUUCUAGUAUCGAAGAAACGCUCAAGUUACAAGAGACAAAUGAGUUAUUGCAAGAGACUUUGCAUGUGAUACAUGGUUCGAAUCGAGCACAUCACAAAGAAGCUUCAGACAAUGAUAAGGAAGAUAACAAAAUUUGUGGGACCAACAAUGACCUUGUUUCCAUCCAAGUUAUGACAUCUGGGGAAGCAGUCAUUGAUGCAGAAGGAACAAUGAUUAACAUCUAUGAGACUGUCGAUCCUCUAAAGGCUCAGAUUCCUCCCUGCAAUGUUUUCUCAAGAAAAGAAAUGUCAAGGUUUCUGGGUAAUAAUAUCUCUCCUGAAACAUUUUUAAAUUGUCAGCUAAAAACAGUGAAACCUAUUGCAAGAGAGACUUCUAUUACAUCAACAUGGAGAAGCGAGGUGGUUCAUGCUAAUACUGAAUCAUUGCUUUCAGAGACAAGAAAUUCUAAAGGAGUAUCUAGUGCUAAAAGUCCAUCUCAAGGACAUAAGAGCAGUAAUAUUGGCAGUGGGGUGCACAUGAAUGGUUCUGGUUAUGCUUCCAGUAUCCCAAAUGUGAACAGAUCCCUUCAAGGGGAACAGCAUUCCAUGACUGAAACCAAAUUUGCAACUUUAUAUGGGAAUUUAAGUGAGCACAUGGCAUCUACCUCUUCUAGCAAGAGCAAGAUGAGCAAUGGUAAGGCCUCUACAUAUUCAAGUGAUGAUGAAUUGGGGUCAAUUGAGGGAAAUAUGUGCGCUUCUGCAACUGGUGUUGUAAGAGUGCAGUCAAGGAAGAAAGCAGAGAUGUUUUUAGUGCGGACGGAUGGAUUCUCUUGUACCAGGGAGAAGGUGACUGAAUCCUCCUUGGCCUUCACUCAUCCUAGCACUCAACAACAGAUGCUUAUGUGGAAGUCUACACCAAAGACUGUAUUACUAUUAAAGAAGCUGGGGCCUGAACUAAUGGAAGAAGCUAAAGAGGUUGCUUCUUUCUUGCAUUAUCAAGAGAACAUGAAUGUUCUUGUUGAACCUGAUGUCCAUGACAUUUUUGCUAGAAUCCCUGGAUUUGGAUUUGUUCAAACCUUCUAUAGUCAAGAUACCAGUGAUCUUCAUGAGAGGGUCGAUUUUGUGGCAUGCUUGGGUGGAGAUGGGGUUAUAUUGCAUGCAUCAAAUUUAUUUAGAGGUGCUGUACCUCCUGUUGUAUCAUUUAAUCUUGGAUCUCUUGGAUUUCUCACUUCCCACACUUUUGAAGACUACAGGGAAGACUUGAAGCAGGUCAUCCAUGGUAAUAACACAGCAGAUGGUGUUUAUAUAACUCUUAGAAUGCGCUUAAGAUGUGAAAUUUUUCGAAAUGGUAAAGCAGUUCCGGGGAAAAUAUUUGAUGUCCUAAAUGAGGUUGUUGUGGAUCGGGGUUCUAAUCCAUACCUUUCUAAGGUUGAAUGUUAUGAGCAUGACCGACUCAUAACAAAGGUGCAAGGUGAUGGAGUCAUAGUAGCCACACCAACUGGGAGUACUGCUUAUUCUACAGCUGCAGGAGGUUCCAUGGUUCAUCCAAAUGUUCCUUGCAUGCUUUUUACACCUAUCUGCCCACAUUCCCUCUCAUUUCGACCAGUUAUACUUCCAGAUUCUGCAAAGCUUGAAUUGAAGAUCCCUGACGAUGCUCGAAACAAUGCUUGGGUUUCUUUCGACGGGAAGAGAAGGCAACAACUCUCUCGAGGACAUUCGGUCAGAAUAUCUAUGAGCCAGCACCCCCUAUCAACUGUCAAUAAAUCUGACCAAACAGGUGAUUGGUUCCACAGCUUGAUUCGCUGCCUGAACUGGAAUGAGAGAUUGGAUCAAAAAGCCCUCGAAGGCAUCUGACACAGAGUAGUAUCUUCAUCCUCAAGGUAGGCUGAACGUCCAUGUAAAUUGAUGUACAGAUGUAAAUUGGAAGAGUAAAAAAAAAAAGAGUUCAAUACACAAUCUGAUUGCUAUUCAUUACCAACAUAUGCUUCCCUACAAAAGUAGAGUUGGUCAAUUUUCUCCCUUGCAUUGUACAAAUACGGUCAGACACGAUACUGGCAAUACCUUUGAAAUAAAAAGUAAAGUUUCUA